CGUGGGCUGCCUGUGCUCCUCAUCUCCGCUGCUCUGGAAGCACAUUGUUCAACGCGGGCUCGUCAUAUUCAGGACUAGGGAAUUUCUUUUGGCGCAUAUCAACCCCUGUAAAUUAAACUCUGUCACACAGAGAAAAAGGACACAUUGCUGAAGUUGGGUGGGACAGACUGAGCCAAGGGAACAUUUCGUUUUCUUCUGAUUGGCCACGGAAUUGAAAGAUUUCUCUUUCUUCCUCAGUCUACGGCAGAAGACAAAACGUCGUUUUUUUCCCCCCUCGUCGGUAAUUAAACAUCUGCUUGCUAACUUGUUGUGUGGUGGACAGAAAUGACGGAGUAUAAGCUGGUGGUGGUGGGCGCAGGAGGCGUGGGCAAGAGUGCACUCACCAUUCAGCUCAUCCAGAACCACUUUGUGGAUGAAUAUGACCCCACAAUAGAGGAUUCGUACCGAAAGCAAGUGGUGAUCGAUGGGGAGACCUGCCUGCUGGACAUUCUGGACACUGCGGGUCAGGAAGAGUACAGCGCCAUGAGGGAUCAGUACAUGAGAACRGGGGAGGGCUUCCUCUGCGUUUUUGCCAUCAACAACACCAAGUCUUUCGAGGACAUACACCAGUACAGGGAACAAAUUAAGCGCGUGAAGGACUCCGAUGAUGUACCCAUGGUGCUCGUGGGAAACAAAUGUGACCUCCCGGCACGCACAGUGGACACAAGGCAAGCCCAAGAGUUGGCUCGCUCCUAUGGCAUCCCGUACAUUGAAACCUCUGCCAAAACACGACAGGGAGUAGAGGAUGCUUUCUACACUCUAGUAAGGGAGAUAAGACAACAUAAGUUGAGGAAGUUGAACCCACCCGAUGAGAGCGAUCAGGACUGUAUGAGUUGUCGAUGUGUGGUAUCGUGAAGCAGUUCUCCAUUACAUGUUGAGGAGAAAUGCUACAGAGCGAAGUGGCAGCAUGGACUCGAUGACAGACAGAAAAAACAACCUAAAAAUGAAAUAUGAACUUUGUCAAUCAGGAUGACUGAAGCAAAAGCUCUGAAGGAAACCACCACGGCUGACUGAAGCAGAGACUCUUGUGAAAAAGAGGAUUUUUGGACUGUUGCCUAAGUGGCUGGCUGAACUGGUUUGAGCUGGUCUCUUCUUUUUUUUUAUGUUGGGCCACAUCGAUUUGUGAGCAAUGCCACUAAUGAUGCGAUCGAGCUGGGUUUCUCCACGUAUUUCCUGCUAACUUAUUGUUUUCGGUCUCAACACUGGUUGCAAAGAGGGGGAGUCUCUUACCUCUUUCUUGCCUUGAAACCUAAUUCCUCACCCCCCAACCUGCAUCAAACCUGGAAGGACUAACUGAUUGAAAUGGAAAGGACUGGAAUAAACAWUUUGGUUUUUUUUUUCUCACACAUCUCAUAAAUAAUCCACCYCCAUUCUACCUGCACAGGGUUUACUCAAAUGGCAUCAAAGAUGUGGAAUUGUACUGGAUGCAGGGAGUGGAAGCUCUUAUGGGAUACUUUUCUGUUUCUCUUUGCCAGUUAGCCUAAUUUGUAAAAACAACAACUUUGAUUUGSUUUCUGGUAUGAAUUGUUUGGGCUUGUGAUUGGUAGAGUUGAAAAGCAUUGAUCACUACAAGUAUAGAAGUGUGUUUUUUUCUCCUAAGACAGUACCUGGUUUAAUAUUUGUAUCACCCAUCCUGAGUUAACUGAAGUUUUGAAAGAGGGUAACGGAGAUGGACGAGUUUCUGUCGUCACUUUUUACAGAUCGUUUUUAUUGUGAAAUAUUUGCAAAAUAAUAAUUGUAACGGCUAGUGUUCUGGCGCAAUAGAACUUUACUGUAUCGUAACUACACCAAGCAUUGGAAAUAAACCUUCUCUGACAASUUACUUUACUGUUUCACCUUGGUUUAGACGGAAAGGAGCAGUGCGCGGAAACCUAGUUGUGAUCUUUGCUGUUAGUGAAGCCUCAGAGACUGAUGGCARUUUUUCAAAAAGACUGUAUUUUAUUCCAGUAUCUGUACUGUUUUUUACAGGAGGGUAAUAUUUUAGUUUAGACUGCAGGAUUUACUUCUUUUAGAUAAGGCUCAGGUAUUAAAAGGUCCAGUCUCAUCUCAUAGUUCUGGUAUGUCGUGAGUUGGUUUUGCAGACACACAAGUCCUGCCUCAGAACUUUGUUUUUUUUCCACACACACCAUUCUAUCCUCAAGCUGUUUAUUCUUUUCCACCUAUUGCUCUUUUAAAGGAGCAAUAACAAGUCAGGUGCUAAUCUUCUCAAACCAUAUUUACUGUACACGUGGGGAAUAUUGUCUGCGGCAGGUCCUGGAUCCUGUGCUGGGGGCGAGUGCAUUGCUUGAAUUUGUUUUAAUAUUCAGAGGCUUGUGYUCUCUGUAACGGAUUUUCAUUUGCUGCCUAAAAUAUGAUUGAUGUGUUUACUUUGCCUUAUCUUUUAGCUAGUCUGUACCUCAUGUUAGCAGCAAGCUUGACCCCAGAUGAUGUUUGCUGCUGUUUUGUUUAUGUGCACAACCAGAAAUAUAUGAAAGCACUGCACAGAAAAAAAAAACAACUAAAAAACACUAAA